UCCCAUUGACUGAGAGACAGAGCGAGAGAGGGGGGAGAGAGAGAGAGGCUCCACGGACUCCGCCUAUACCGCCCCAGCAUCCAGCUCCAGCCCGACGACGGCACCACAGCCCAGGCGAGAGAUUCAGCAGGGGCCCCCCUCAGCUCGACUCAACUCCCGGCGUGAGACAAACGGACAUGGGCUCCCCGUGAAUCUGGGCGGUGGAGGGCUGAGGCGGGCAGCCAGGGGGUGGGGGGGAACGACGACGAGAGCGUGGUGGGAGAAACACCCAGAGAGAACAAACAAAAGCACAACCGAGGGUGCCUGCGACCAUGAGCGGCGUGCACUGUCCCCGGCUGCCGCUCCGCCCGCGGACCAUGUCGUGAGGUGUGGCUCGGAAACGCUCCGGGAAACCUUUCAGCCGAAACGACUCGCCGAGGAGGAGCAGCAGGAGGAGGAGGUGGGGUGGUGGUGGUGGUGGAAAAGAUGUCCGCUUCGGUGGGGCCCCAGGGUGGCCCUCGCCCACCCACCGCGACGCCAAACAUGCCGGACCUGCCGGACCUCAGCCAUCUGACUGAGGAGGAGAGGAAGAUCAUCAUGGCAGUGAUGGCUCGGCAAAAGGAGGAAGAGGAUAAAGAACAAGCCAUGCUAAAAACACUGCACCAGCAGUUUGAGAGCUACAAACAGGAGGUGCGUCGCAUCGGGGGGGAUACCCGGCGCCAGCCCCCGCAGUUGAAGGACGACGCGCCCACCUGCGGGAUCUGCCGCAAGACCAAGUUUGCAGACGGCUGCGGCCACCUCUGUUCCUACUGCCAGACCAAAUUCUGUGCUCGCUGCGGAGGGCGGGUCUCUCUGCGCUCCAACAAUGAGGACAAAGUGUGUCUCAUAGUGAAAGACAGGGUAAGGCUUACUGGGUGA